AGGCUAAUAUGACCCGCUCCCUACCGGAAGUUAUUGUCUCCUAGGAGCAGAUGCUAUUGAGCAAAAAAAGUAUUGUUUCCUUUACCCAGUUUACGUUUUCAUGUGUUGUCAACCUUUUAGAGUCUUUUUAACAUGCUUUGAAAACCACAGGGGGUUUUAUCGUCUGUGAGGAGUAUUUAUUUAUUUUUGUUGUUUGUCUUGGUUUUCUCUCGGGAGCAACAGAAGCUCUGAGUGUUAGCAUCUUCCGUUAGCUGGAAACAGACAGUCAGCGAUUCAGAGGCGCUUUGGUCGAGAACAGACCGUUUCUGAUGGAGUGUAAGCAGAGAAAGGUUUCUGCUGUGACCGGGUGAAAGCUUAAAAAAAUGAAGCGGAACAAUGGAGGAACCGACACACAGUGAGCAGAUGGACUCCGACUUUCGUGAUGUCCAGCAGCUGACGGUGGUUAAAGAAGAGCUUCCUCUUGAGGAGGAGAACUGCGGUCCCAGACCAGACCAGGAGAACCAGAAGCCUCCACAGAUUAAAGAGGAGCAGGAAGAGAAUGAGAUCACAGAGUUCAUAUUUGAUCCUGUAACUAUAAAAAAUGAAGACGACGAAGAGAAACCUCAGCUCUCAGAGCUUUAUUACGACCAGACGGAGCUGAACAGAGACGAUACAGGAGCAGAACCAGAUGAAUGUUUGGAAACUGACGAGGAAGACAAAGCAUCGGGUUCGUCAGAGACGGACGUCAGUGAUGGGAACUGGGAGGAGAGCAGCGAAACUGAAUCUGGUUCAGACUCUGUGAGAAACAACAAAUCUGUAGGUGAUGGAAACUGUGAGAGAGAUGGCAAGCUUCACAUCUGUGGUGAAUGUAGUAAAGCAUUCAAACGCAGAUCAUGUUUGGUACGACACAACAGAAUCCACACAGGAGAGAAACCCUUCAGCUGUUCCAUCUGUAGCAAAUCGUUCACAUGGAAACGAGGCUUGGUUAUACAUAUGAGAACGCACAGUGGAGAAAAACCUUUCAGCUGCUCGGUCUGUGGUCAAAGGUUCUCCAGAAAGGAGUCUGUGACCUCUCACAUGAGAUGUCACUCUUCUGAAAAACCUUUCAGCUGUUCCGUUUGUGGGAAGAAGUUCAACAGGAAGGAAAAUGUUAUUCGGCACAUGAGAUGUCACACUGAAGAAAAGCCGUUCAGUUGCUCCAUUUGUGGGCAAAAGUUUGGCAGGAAGGAAAGUUUAAGCUAUCACAUGACGCAUCACACUACAGAGAAACCCUACAGCUGUUCUGUCUGUAACAAAGCCUUUGCUCUGAAAGUAACUUUGAUGGAACAUACGAGAUUUCACACCGAGGACAGACCAUUCAGCUGCUCUGUCUGUAAAACUGCUUUUAAAAGAAAAGCCUAUCUGACAGAGCACAAAAAAAUUCACACUGGAGAGAAACCUUUCAGCUGUUCAGUUUGCGGCAGAAGCUUCCGUCAGUCUAACAGCCUGAAGCGCCACAUGAGAAGUCACACAGAAGAAAAACCUUUCAGCUGCCCCGUCUGUCAGGCAACAUUCAAAUGGAAAAGUGCUUGUGUAAAACACGUAAAAAAUCACACAGGUGAAUAACCAGUGAAGUAGAGAUGCAGUGUCUUGCAAAUGUAUUCAUACCUAUUAACAUUUUCCACAUUUUCUAAUUCUACAACAACAAACAGCAGUCCAGGGUUUUCAUUAAACCAACAAAAAGUAGUGAAUAAUGGUGUGGUGGGAGGAGAAUGAUUGUUUUUCAGUAUCAUUUUAUCAGUUAUUGCGGUUGAUGGUAUUCAUCACUACUAUGGGUGGAACAAGCAGUGAUUAGGUUUUUAUGUUUAUGAGAUCUGUUUCAGACGAUGUUUGGAAGAUGGAUGGACAAAAAUUGUGGCUGUGGGAUGGAGGUGCAUCACUCAGCAAAUCUAAAUAUUAUUUAAAAAGUUUAUUUCAGUGACUUAACUCUAAAUGAAACACACUAUAUAAAUUAAUUACACACAGACAAAUGUUUUUAAACUUUUAUUUCUUAAUUAGAAUGAUUUUUUACUUUAAACUAAUGAAAAUGCAGCAUUUCAGAUUAAAAUACUACAUUAAAUCAACAGAAACACUUUUAAAACAGAAAUGUUGUAACAAAUUAUGUUUAAUUUCGGAUUAAAGGUUGUUUUCAAGGCAUACUUUAAUCUGACAGACGAGCCUCAUAGUAAAUAGACAGUUUUAUGGCUGAUUACCAAUUUUAGCUGAUGCCAAUGUUUGUUGUCUGAAAAGUAGCUAAAUGUAACAAAAAAAAUUUUGAUUCAGUGGUGUUGCUGCAGGAAAGUAGCCAAAAAUGCAGGACAGUAAAACAGAAAGGCUAGAGUUGUAAAGGCUUUACAUUGUUGUAAUGUUUCAAAGUGUCCCGGUGAAAAUUCAGACAUAGGGUUAACUGAGAAUGUGUGGUGAGAGUUGAAAAUUAAGGUUCUCUGUCCAAUCUUACAGAGAUGAGCUUUAUUGUUUAACAAUAAAGACUCAUAUUUACUUUACAUAAAAUGCAAGAACAAGCAGAGAUGUUUGUGGUUUCAAAGUAACAAAAAUGUGAAAAAUUCAGGGGUGUGAAUAUUUUUUAUGCAAAGUGUAACAAUUUGCCCUGUUUGGAUUUUGUUGUGACUCUUUAAUGGAUGUGUAGAAUUAAAUAAACUCUGCUGCAUGUC